UAUUGUUAAGGUUUUUAUUAUAAACAACAACAUACAACCUUAUAAUGGCGACUAUGGCUACACCGGAGAUGGCGGCGUACUGUUUCAGCGUCAUUUUAGCGAAGUUGCAGAACGCCCCUACCCCCACAUGCUCUUCAGACAUCCCCAACACACCGUCGCCUAUCUUUGUGACUUUCAAAUACGUGUCUAACAACGAUCUGAGAGGGUGCAUGGGAAGUUUUGCCUUCCUACCACUGCACGAACAGUUACAUAACAUUGCAUUGGUCGCAGCAUUCAAGGAUAGGCGAUUCUCGCCCAUUAGCUUGAAUGAAUUGCCUCAACUUAUGUGUACAGUUAGUCUUUUGAACAACUUCGAGACGUGUUCAAAAUGGAAUGAUUGGGUCAUUGGCACACAUGGAAUUUGGAUAAAAAACAAGCAAUAUAGCUCCACUUACUUGCCCUCUGUGGCCGUGGAACAGGGCUUUAAUCAUCUCAAGACCGUUAAGUCACUAUUAGCUAAAGGUGGCUACCAUGGCCCUGUAGAUGAGAAGGUUCUUUCUUUGGUACAGGUGGUUCGUUACCAAGUAUCUUGCACAAGCAUUACAUUCGAAGACACAAAACUAUUGAAGGUAUGAUUCGGUUUAUUUUGUUUUUCUUUUGUUGUUUGUUUAAGAGAAACCCAUUUAUGGUGGCAAAAAGUUCAUUAUUCGAAUUGUUCUCUGUAUUUUCGAUUUUAUGCACUCUUUAUCAAUAGAGAACAAUAUUUAAGUGUGUGAAUUCAUCCUAUGUAUUUUUUUCAGCGAUGAACACAUUUUUUUCUUCGAGAAAAAAUACAGUUUCGGGUUCCUUUUCUUUUAUUCGACGCCUCUUUUCAUAAAAAGAGGUCUUAAAUAGAUUUGCCGUUUAUUCACAAACUGGGUGUGGAAUGAACAAGCGUCAUCGACGUCAAUAACGAUGAGGAGAAAACUCAUCGUCUAUAACAUAUACAGAAUUUUACUUGCUUUCUAUUAGACACUCCACUUUCCUUUCUGUUUGAAUUCUUAUCUUUCAUUUUUUCUGGUGUGAAUACAUUUCCCACUCUCAGGGUUUAUUAUCUUUAUUGCUCUUUCCUUUUUCAUAUACUUCUUUCUUGAUAUUGCUUUCCUACAUGGGAGGAUGGCAGUGUAACUGUAUAUCUUUGCUACACGUAGCGCAUUACAUAUUUCGACUUUAAAGCUGGCGUUGCCAAUCAUCAACGGACGAAAUCACUCUUAGCAGAGGGAACUAUUUCAAGAAGAGUACUAUGCAUUAUGGAAUCCACGCAGUGGAGUAUUAUGCCCAGUGCAGCUGAAUUUAUCAUGCGCGACAAGUCUAUAUUGCUCUAUCCUCUGUAACGAAUCCAAGUUUCAGUCUGGAACUUGGUAAGUCUUGCAAAUCUCAAAGUGGAGGAAUCGAGCGGUCUUCGGCCUUGACGCCAUUUGGAUUGAUGAGAGUAGCAUCAUUAAUCAGCUCCUGUUUGCUUCCUUGCCAAAUAUUCUUUCACCACCCAAUUUCAUUAUUAGAGCGUCAAGUGUGUCAAUAACUUGCUAGCGAAAGGUACGUACAGACACUGGAUAGAAAGAGAACAAGGUGACGGUUUUAAGAAUAUUUUUAAUUAAUAUUCUCAUUAUUUGGGAUUCUCUUUUAUCUUCUUUCUUUGUCAAGUGAGACGGGAUAGACAAUGUAUUUAUUUUAUUGUUUCGUGUCGCUUUGAAUAUCUUUUCUUUUGUUUUCUUUUCAAUCGUUAAUACUUAUUAUCUUAGGGAAAAGGAGGAGUGUUGAUACAUUGCUUAUGUAGUGUUUAAAUACCAAACAUGAAUACGCAUUCUACGUGAUACGAUGUUCAAAUGUUGCUGAACACAAAA